GCGUCGGUAUCAACACCCACGUUAUCGCAGUCUCCGCUUGUUAGUGAAGCUUUGGCCCUUGCUAAGUCAAAAGGUUUGCGAGGAGGAUACAUCGAAUUCAUGCGUUCGAAUACUGACGAGAGUAUAAAACGGUCAUUUGAGGAGGUCAAGAAAGAGUUGACUAAUCGUCAGUCAUUUCUCAAGUCAGCCACGUCAGUAGUCCGUUACCUUCAAGCAGCUCGUAUUCUGUAUAAUAGAUUGGACUGGAGGAAGAGGCGGAAAUACGAGAUUAUUGCUAGGAACCUUGCUCGCAUUGAGCAUAGAGCAGAGUUGCUGAAGAAAGGAGUGCUCGAUGAGAUGCCUCUUUUCAUCAACGGAUCUGAACAAUUGGAA